CUACGCCGCACUUCAAACUGCCGCACCAAUGACAUUUGGCUAUGCUCUAACUAAUGCAGUGUCUUUCAAACCUCGCUUAGCGACGCAUAACACUGCCAGCAAUCAAAAUCACAAGGUCUGCACUGCGUAUUCACAGCACCAAAACGACAAAACAGAGUCAAUAUGCGUGUUGGCAAUGCUGCCACGAACAAAUUCAUAAUCAAAACAAACCGAAACGAGCAGUUCAACUGAAAUACCGAAGCAAGACAGAAAGCAACAAAAUUAGCCAAUUGUUUAAUGGCAAGCAGAAAAUAGUUUGCAAAUGUAAGCGUGUACGGUUGUAAUUAAACGUUUCGGUGUGUUAACGAGUUGUGGGAAUUUUGAAAAUUUAAAUAAUUUGAAAAAGUGUUAAACUACUUGUGCCAGCAGCAGAGCAACCCAGCGCCGAAAUUGACAAAUGUCAUUCGCUGACUGCUGUCAAUGUGACACUAGAGCUUGUUAUUGACGAUUGUUGAUAGUUUUGCUGUUUGCGAUGUGCAUCGAGAAAAUUUGUGCUAAUUUUUUCAAGUGGAAUUCGUGUUUUGUUUGUGAAAAAGCUCGGCUUGUGCAGUGUGCUAAUAGUAGUAGCCGCUGCUAGCUGGUUUAUUGCUUAAAGUUUUAGUGUUUGGAAAAAUCUCGUGCGUUCAUCGGUUUGUUGGCCAUGAGCAAUCAAAGCCAUGUUCGUUUGUGCCGUGCCGUGCAACAACAUCCGUGUAUUUAUGAUCACGCCGUGGCCAAUUCGGUUUCGCGAGAGGCAUACGAUCGUGCCUGGCUGAAGAUAGCCGAAACGUGCGAGGAGACAGUUGACAGCUGCAAGCAACGCUGGCGCGAUAUACGAGUCACUUUCUCACAAUCACGAGUUGUAUCACCAAAAAAGCGUAAAGGUAAUCGUGUACGAGAGAACAACCUGCACGAUUUAUUAGAAUUUCUCAUACCGCAUAAAAAUGAAGAACAACCGUUUUGCGAAAGUGAUGUUGAAGCGGAAGGUAUAACAACGCCUGUUGAUAGAAACGCUCAAGAAAAUGCAGAAGUCACGCCCAAGACUAAAGCGGAUGACGGGUUUUUAGAAGAGGUUGUGAUCAAACGUGGAAACGAGGAGUUGAAAGUAAAAAAUAAGAAUGAGGUAGGGCUUAAAAUGAGAGAAGAACUGAAUAUUGAAGAUGAUACAGUUAGCAAAAGACCACCUUCUGCUAGGCUUAAAGUGUUGAGAAAGAAUAGCGAAGAAACUAAAAUGGCUGAAGGUAGGCCCAUUAGAAAGACACAGUCUUUAGGAAAGCUUGUAAAUGCAGAAGAAAUUAUGAAAGAUAUUAUUGAUGCUGGAGUGAGUAAAAAGUUACCGAGCUCAAAGAGUAAAGUCGGCACAUUUUACAUAAGCCCCACGAACGAUGAGUCAGGCACAUUUUUUAUCAAAAAAACUAGCGUUAGCAAUGAACUUGAAUACGCGCCAGAUAAUGAAGCCAAUGUGGCAGCUGAAGAGGAUGUUUUGAGUGAAUUUGAGCAUAAUGAAAUUGAGCAGCCGCAGAGCAAAGUUGAUGAGACUGAAAAUAACGAACAAAAUGAUAAACCAAAAGACGAAUUUGUUAAAAAACGACAAUGUCGUCUCAAGCGCGCUUGCAAACGUGGCAUAGGUAAGAAGGUAACCAGCCAGCGGGAUUUACGCCAGAAAGAUAGUGCAAUCAAAAGCAUUAAGCGAGGUGCGUCCCGUUUGAAAUCACUAGGCGAGGCUACAAACCAAUUGGUGGCGGCUGCUAACUUGUCAAAGAAAACAGGGAACACAGCGCCAGUCGACAACCAAUCCACAAAUUUUUCAGCACAAAAAAGAACACGUACCUUAUGUAUACCACAGGCUGAUAGCCACAUUGUAGGCCCUUCACAAUCACCAACAACAACACUGAUGAAAACGUUGCGAGACGAAAAUUCUUUAAGUCCAGCUGAAAAAGUUGUAUUGCACGUUACUAAUGCUUCACAAGCUUCUAUCGACCAAGGCAUACAAUGUAGUCUGCAGCCAACUUCCAGUGUUGAUGAUUUCUUCGACACUAUAAAACCCUAUUUGAACGAAAUGAAUGCGCGUCAAAAGUUGCAUUUCAAGAAGAAAAUCUUCGAGUCAUUGAUGGAAGUUUUCGAUAGUCCUGGCGAUUUCCCGUCAAACCAGGAAACGAAAGCCAUCAUACCGAAGCAACUGAGCGCUGUAAGCGGUGGCGAGUUGAAUUUGGUGCGUGAGCUGGUCGCUAUGGUGCAAGCAGCCAAGCAUACGCCAGAGCUCAACUUGAAUUUUAGUGAUAGUAGUAGCGAGUUGGCACCUAAGACGAGCCCAGAAAAGUGUGCUUUGAUUUCGCCAAAUGCAUCGAUGCGUCUUACACCAUCACAACCGCCGCCACCACUAUCGCUACGUGUAUCACCGUUUAAUACAACAACUACAAAUCAAAUGACAAAUAAGCCGACGCCUAUGUUGCUCACGCGAGCCGGUGAAACUGCAACUUCUACACAAACAACAACCACAACGCCCUCAUCAACAGUCUUACAACGUCGUGUCAUACGUAAAUUGGUUAAGGUAAACGAACAUGGCUCUUCAGCUUACAGCAUGCCCACCAAAAGUGGAGCUUGUGCACCGAGCAACAGUGAGAUCGUGCAUCGACGCAUUUACCGUAUUUACCCCAAAAGUAAUGUAACUAGCGCCAGUUUGGAGAACGCCGUGAAUGCCAGCGGUGUUGGUACGUUCAUUGUGCCGCGCAGCACCGCUGAAACUACAGGCAAUAAGGAUACCAUCAGCAAUAAGUUGGUCACUAAGGCUUCAUCAACUUUGGUCGCUAAUGCAGCAAACAAUCAAAAGCUCCGUCAGUUGAUGACACCAAUUAGGGGUAGCGGUGGCAUGUCAGCCGCGACCGCAAGCUCAGCUAAUGCAACCGUGAAGACUGAUCGCAAUCAACAAACAAUUCGUGUCGGUGCGCGUCCGCUCAUUCGCCGUUAUUCAGUUUGUGGCGCCUUACCGAAUGAUACUGCCAGUAGCAACUAUUUAACCACCAUUGCCAAUACCAAAGAACCGAUGUCGACCACACCGAAAAUUACUAUUGCCCAUCGCAGUUCACCUGCCCAUGUCGUGAGCAGAGAGGUUUUCAAAUUACCCACACCAUUUCGUAGCACUAUCUCCAGCGUAAACGCUACGGCUUCGACUGUUUCCACUACUACUACUUUGAGAACCUCGCCGGUAGUGAGCGUGCGCGCGGGUGAUCGUAAUUCGGUUGUGCAUGCGGUACCCCUUAAUAUGGGUUUCAACAAAUUCGUGCGUAAUGAUGAGAAGACACCUCUGCCGACAUCCUCUAGCAACACUAAGGUUUGCCGUGACUCUUCAAGCUCUUCACAUGUCUGCACGCUUUCGCCAUUUUCUACAUCUUCUAGUCCCGUUGUUGGCAACAAGCGCCCGCUCACAACGCCUGCUGAAUAUGGAAAGCGUAAUUGCUCUCUUACAGAGCAGCGAAAAGCUUCGGAAGCUGUCGGCGAGGAUAUGGCGGAUAUGGGCAUCAUUGCCCCAGAUGAUUUUGCCGUAUUGAAUAUUAAAACUGAACCAGCAGAUGAUGAUUGAAGUUUUUCUUACAAACAAUUGUUGGAUUUUGUUUUAAAAAUUUAUAAUAAUUUUUUCAUUUAUUGAUGAUUUAUAUUACAAAUGUGAAUUAAAUUGAUUAUUACUCCUGGAUUAUAAUAAAUUUGAAUUGAAAGUAA